GCCAAGACGGAGAUCAUCAGGGUCAUAGAUAUCCUCAUUGAGAAGAUGCCGACUGACGUCGUGGACCUGCUGGUCGAGGUAAUGGACAUCAUCAUGUACUGCAUCGAAGGCUCUCUGGUGAAGAAGAAAGGCCUCAAUGAGUGUUUCCCUGCUAUUUGCAAGUUCUACAUGGUGGGAUACUGCGACCGGUCACCGUAUUGCCGUGGGGGCCCGCCAGGGUUCAGUGGCCCUUUAUGAUGUCCGCACGGGCAAGUGCCAGAACAUCCAUGGUCAUAAGGGUCCUAUCACAGCAGUGUCGUUUGCUCCUGACGGGAGGUACCUGGCCACCUACUCUAACGCGGACAGCCACAUCUCCUUCUGGCAGAUGAAUACGUCUCUGCUGGGCAGUAUUGGCAUGCUGAACUCUACCCCUCAGCUGAAGUGCAUCAAGACCUACCAGGUCCCCCCGGUACAGCCUGCCUCUCCUGGCUCUCAGAACGCCCUGAAGCUGGCCCGCCUCAUCUGGACCUCUAACCGAACGUCAUCCUCAUGGCCCACGACGUUGUCUGAGGUGUCGAAAGACGUCAUCCAUUGGCUGGUAACUGACCUGUCAGAGUGA